ACCUUCAUUUGAAACUCUCACUUCCUCCUAAUUGUUCUGCUGAUGUACUUUAACCCUACGACAUCUCCUCUGACUCCUCACUCUGGUGUAAGAGUAUCAAGUCCACUGCCGGCUCUCCUCGAACAAACCACCUCAGCACACGUACACACAACCUCAGUCCACCAUGUCCAGGAAGGUUGUAAGGACCAGUAAGUUCCGUCACGUCUUUGGUCAAGGCCUGAAAGCGGACCAAUGCUACGACGACAUCCGAAUCUCCCAGAUGACCUGGGAUAGCUGCUUCUGCUCCGUUAACCCCAAAUUUGUGGCCAUGAUUGUGGACGCCAGUGGUGGAGGAGCGUUCAUUGUGCUGCCUCUGAACAAGACGGGGAGAAUCGACAUGUCCUACCCCACUGUAUGUGGCCACACAGGUCCAGUGCUGGACAUUGAGUUUUGUCCUCACAAUGACAACAUCAUUGCCAGUGGCUCUGAGGAUUGCAGUGUCAUGAUCUGGGAGAUUCCAGAUGGUGGACUGAUCACUUCCCUCACAGAACCUGUGGUCAAGCUGGAAGGCCAUACCAAGCGUGUGGGCAUCCUGAGCUGGCACCCCACUGCCCACAACGUUCUGAUGAGUGCAGGCUGUGACAAUGUGGUGAUCCUGUGGAACGUGGCCCGCGGGGAGGCGGUGGUGAGGAUGGACAGCAUACACACCGACCUCAUCUACAGCGCCUGCUGGAACAGGAAUGGCUCCAAAAUCCUCACCUCCUGCAAGGACAAGACCAUGCGUGUGUUGGAUCCACGCAAAGGCACUGUCCUAUAUGAGAAGGAAAAACCUCACGAAGGCUCCAGGCCUGUCAGGGCUGUGUUCGUCUCUGGUGAGAAGAUCCUCACCACGGGCUUCAGCCGCGUGAGUGAGCGACAGGUGGCGCUAUGGGAUCCGAACAACUUCCAGGAGCCGCUGAACCUGCAGGAUAUAGACACCAGCAGUGGUGUUCUUUUACCUUUUUUUGACCCAGACACUGGAGUUGUCUACCUCUGCGGCAAGGGGGACAGCAGUAUCCGUUACUUCGAGGUGACCGAUGAAGCACCCUAUGUCCACUACCUCUCCAUGUACAGCAGCAAAGAGAGCCAGAAAGGCAUGGGCUACAUGCCCAAGAGAGGUCUGGAAAUCAACAAAUGUGAAAUCGCCAGAUUCUACAAACUCCACGAGAGGAAAUGUGAGCCCAUCGUCAUGACUGUGCCACGCAAGUCUGACCUCUUCCAGGAGGAUUUGUACCCAGACACUAUUGGUCCAGAGCCUUCGGUGGAAGCUGACAAAUGGUUUGAAGGGAAGGAUGCUGAGCCUAUUCUCAUAUCUCUAAAGGAUGGGUUUGUAGCAACCACCAAAACUAAAGAGUUCAAAGUUCACAAAAGCCUCCUGAAGACCACCGUUGCCCCAGCCGGGAGUCAACAGGACAACAGUGGGGAGGUUCAGUCCUUGAGGAAGGAGGUGAAGGAUCUCAAAGCAGCGUUAGAAGAGCUGACCAAGCGUGUGAGCGAUCUGGAGAGCAAGUAGUGAAAUUAGACAAAUGUAAAAAGCUCGCGGACACAGAGAAGAGAGAAUUUCUUUUUUUUUUUUUGUAGUAUUGGUUCCGACUUACUGGGACCCAAAAGGAGAAGAGAAAUCAAAAAGUGUUUUUUAUCAGUUUAAAUUUGUUUAUUCAGUUAGAUCCUUUUUUUUCAAAUCCUAUUUUUAAUAUAUGCUCUUUAUUUGAAUUAAAGGUCUUCUUUGUUUACA